AAGUGUUUUCUUCUGCUCCUAGUUAUGAUUAAUUUUCGAGGUUGCAAUGGCUUAAUGAAGAAUAAGUCCACUCCUGGGAUCAGAGAUAAGAGAUCUGGUCAUUCUGAUGUCGAAGAUCAUGAAGAAGAGCACCAUGAAAAUAAAGAAGGACAUCAUGAGGAUCAUUACGCACUCAUCAAUUCCUUGUUCGACAAUUACGACCAAAGCUCCUCACCAACUCAUGGAACAAAAGAACCAGUGGUCAUUUCUGUGAAUAUUCAACUCAUAAGUGUGGAUGACGUGAGCGAUACCAGAAUGGAACUUAUCAUCGAUUCUCGUAUCACGCUAUUCUGGGAUGACAAGAGGCUCAUGACUCCAGAGUGCCGCGAUGAGAACAAAGAUUGCGAUGACCAUUUCGAUCUGAAAAGGCGCGAACAGGACCUGUGGAAACCCGAUUUGUACAUACUCAACUCUAGAUCAGCAAAGCAGCACGAGCAGCCGCUCAGAAAUGGGAUGGUGUACUUGGUGGCAGCGGGGAAAGUUAUACUGAGCAAGAGGUUGACUCUGACUCUUCGGUGCCCCAUGAACUUAGUUAAUUAUCCUCUAGACACGCAAAGUUGCCCUCUCAUUAUUUGCCCAUAUUCUUUACCAGAGGACGAAUUGAUCCUUCAAUGGACAGAAAACGGUGUUGGAAUUUUGGACGAUUCACAAGACGGACAGAACAAAUUUCAUCUUAUUACUCCUAUCAUUACACGAGAGAUGACUUUGAAGUAUUCUGCACCGGAUGUUACUGGCAGCUUCUCAUGCGUAAAUGCCACUUUUUCUUUAAAACGCCAAAAUGGAUACCACAUGGGUUAUUCGUAUACCAUCACCAGUUUCAUUGUGGUUGUAUCCUGGAUUGGAUUCUGGCUCCCUGUGACAGCUGUCCCGGCGCGAGUGACUCUUGGAGUGACCACUCUUCUGACCUUACUGACCACUGGCAAUUUCGUCCGUUCUUCCUUGCCUCCAAUCUCUUACGUCACUGCCAUUGAUGUGUGGGUGGGGAUAUGUACAAUGUUUGUUCUUCUGGCUCUUCUGUUGUUUCCGGUUUCACUCUAUCUUUCCAACAAGAAAGACUCGAGGAAGGAAAGUUCAAAAUUCGUCAGAAGAGUGACAGACCAUCCACUGACAUUUGAAAAGUGCAGAGUCUGUGGAGGUCAUCGAAAUAUCCAUCGUUCUCACGAAACGAUAGAGAGUGACAUCAGUUUGGAUCGAAAGAGCAGGAUCCUUUUUCCACUACUCUUUCUAGUGUUUAACAUUACUUAUUGGAUUUACUAUCUAACUUGAAACUGUUUAAUCGAAUAAA